GCCUGCGGAGCCUGGUAGGAAGCCGCAGGGUGAGGGAGGCGCAGACUCCGCUGCCUCGGGGUCUGGGGGGGGCCCUGGGGGGACGGAGGCGCAGGCCAGUCGCCCUCGGAGGGGACGACGCCGUUGAGUGGCCCGGGCCGGGGCGCUGGCGGGGACAGCGAGAAGCGCACGUGAGCCCGCGGAUUAGAGCUGUGGUCGAGAGCGCGGUCCUGGAGGCAGGAGGGGGUCGAUGAAGGUCGAUUGUCGGAUCAGAGCUGGUUCUAGAAACAUCCCGCGGCGGAGCGCAGGGCGGAGCGGAGCCGGGAGUCCCAGGGAGGAAAUGGCUGAAGUCGUCCGGACCCAGUGAAAACAUUGACUUGAAGACUGUCAAAGAGGAAGGUGAUAUUCUGUUUGAAGACCUUCAGAAUAACGUGGAUGAGAAGAUGGGUGAAGGUGAGAUGGAAAGGGAGGAAGAGGAGGAUUAUGACGACGAUGAUGACUGGGACUACGAUGAUGGAUUUGGAAAACUGGUCAGGUGCUCAGCCUCAGGUGGAGGGAGUAACCUGCAGGCAAAUCGACAGACUCCCAGUUGCAAUUCAGCCAAAAUGUCUACUCCAUCAGACAAGGUCUUACGGAAAUUUGAGAAUAAAAUUAAUCUAGAAAAACUAAACGUUACUGAUUCUGUCAUAAACAAAGUCACGGGAAAGUUUAGACAAAAGGAAGCAGAUAUGUAUCGCAUCAAAGAUAAGUCGGACAGAGCAACUGUAGAACAGGUGUUGGAUCCCAGAACACGGAUGAUAUUGUUCAAGAUGUUGAUGAGAGGAGUCAUCUCAGAGAUCAAUGGCUGCAUUAGCACAGGAAAAGAGGCUAAUGUAUAUCAUGCUCGCACAGCAAACGGAGAGAGCAGAGCAAUCAAAAUUUAUAAAACUUCUAUUUUGGUGUUCAAAGACCGGGAUAAGUAUGUCAGUGGGGAAUUCAGGUUUCGUCACGGCUACUGUAAAGGCAACCCCAGAAAAAUGGUGAAAACGUGGGCAGAAAAGGAAAUGAGGAACUUAAUCAGGCUAAACACAGCAGAGAUCCCGUGCCCAGAACCUAUCCUGCUGCGAAGUCAUGUUCUCGUCAUGAGUUUCAUUGGCAAAGACGACAUGCCAGCGCCGCUCUUGAAAAACGUCCAGUUAUCAGAAUCCAAGGCUCGGGAGUUGUAUGCGCAGGUGAUCGAGUACAUGAGGAGAAUGUACCAGGACGCCAGGCUCGUGCACGCGGAUCUCAGUGAAUUCAACAUGCUGUACCAGGGCGGAGGCGUGUGCAUCAUUGACGUUUCUCAGUCCGUGGAGCAUGACCACCCGCACGCCUUGGAGUUCUUGAGGAAGGACUGCGCCAACGUCAACGGUUUCUUUCUGAAGCACGGGGUCGCCGUGAUGACUGUGCGAGAGCUCUUUGAAUUCGUCACGGAUCCAUCAGUUACACACGAGAACGUGGACGCGUAUCUGGCAAAGGCCAUGGAAAUAGCAUCUCAAAGGACCAAGGAGGAAAGGUCCAGCCAAGACCAUGUGGAUGAAGAGGUGUUUAAGCGAGCUUACAUCCCUAGAACUUUGAAUGAAGUGAAGAACUAUGAGAGGGAUGUGGAUAUAAUGAUGAAACUGAAGGAAGAGGACAUGGCCAUGAACGCCCAGCAGGACAACAUUCUAUACCAAACUGUCACGGGACUGAAGAAGGAUUUGUCAGGAGUUCAGAAGGUCCCUGCACUCCUAGAAAAUCAAAUUAAGGAAAGUCAAGUUAAGGAAAAGACUUGUUCUGAUUCAGAAGAUGCCAGAAGCUCUCAGUGUUCUGACACAGACUCUGAAGACCAGGAGGACAACGCCUGCUCCAAAAAGCCCACCGCUGACCUUGAAGUUGAUAAAAAGGAAAGAAAAAAGAUGGUCAAGGAAGCCCAGAGAGAGAAAAGAAAAAACAAAGUUCCUAAACAUGUGAAAAAAAGAAAGGAGAAGACAGCCAAGACGAAAAGGGGCAAAUAGAACCAGAACUGUAUGAUAUACAGUGAUUUCCCAUCACCUGCUCUCUGAGCUGCAUCUGGAGGAUGGGUUAUUGAUUUUAACUGAAUGGCUAUUACUGCAGUGUCCUCGUGGACGGAUUCACGUGUUUUCAUGUAAUCAUGUAAAAAGCUCUAAGCUCUAGUGUCUAGGUCUAGUCCCUAGCUCUUUAUGGUAUUGAUAGAGGAUUGUUUAAGCUACUAUUUUAAUGAAGAACUUUAUACAAUUUUACUUUUGUAUAUAUUUUCUCCUGCAGUUUGGUUUUUGAAGCAUCGUAACUGUUUAAAUGUAUUGAGCAGUUAUGUAAAGGCACUUUGGACAAACUUGGGCAAAUUGUUUUUGCUUUGUUUGUAACGUGCCAAAGACCCAUCUGAAAUCAUUUGAUUAUAAGGCCACGGUUUCUAUAAAAGGGGGUUUCACUGAUUUAGAGAAUUCAGUUGUUGAUAUAAUCGUUCAUCACAACUUUGUUCUAUGUGUAUUGAUGAUUACAAUAAGUUACUCUUCAUCUUUCAUAUUCUUUUUUGAGCUAGGACCUCCUAGUUUAUAAGCUAUUUCACAUUCAACUAUGAGGUCUGUUCAUUCAUUCAUCAAAUAUUUGAGUAUUUUAGGUGCGAGGGAUACAGCAGUAAAUCAAAAGCAAUUUCCAUAGAUAAACCUAGUUUCCCUUAAACCGAAGCUUGCACCUGCUUGUUUGAGAGUCAGCGGGUUAUUGAGGGAGGGGCGGGCCUACUGGAUAAAGCAGACAAAAGUUACUACCUUCAGCUGGUUUGCGUUUUAAUAGGAAGACAAGGCAUUAAAAUAAGUAAAAAGUAGUCUAUCCGCAGGUAAUAUAUUCCGGGAGAGGGGAAGAAAUAAUGUAGAGAAGAGAAUGCAUGGGGUGGUGGGAGAGCGCAGGUUUAAAACAGGCCAUGCUGAGAGGCCAUAUUUGGGCAAAUAUUUGAAGGAUGUGAGUCAUGUGCAUAUCGGGAGAGAAGAGCAUUCCAGGCAAAGCAAACAGCAAGUGCAAAGGCCCCGAGGCAGAAGUGUGUCUGAAAUGUUCCAGAAACAGGGAGCUAGAGCAUCAUAAUCACGGGGGGAAGUAGAUCAGGUGGGGGUAUGUGCCUGGAGGGUUUUGAGUAGAGGAAUGGUGUAAUCUGACUUCUGUUUUGAAAGCCUCGCGAUCCCUGUGGCUUCCAGGGAAAAUGGACUAGGAGAUGGGUGGGGGUGGGCAGGCGGCUGGGUGUGUACCGUGGUAACCCACGUGACAGGUGACAGAGGCUUGGUCCAGGAUGGUAGCAGUAGACCUGGAGAGAAGCGGUUGGAUUCUAGGUAAAGCAGGCACAGUGAACUGGAUGUGCCGUGAGAAAUGCCGAUUUUAGUCCUUGAAUCAAAGGCAAUUUCCAUAGAUAAACCUAGUUUCCCUUAAACUGAAGCUUGCACCUGCUUGUUUGAGAAUCUGUGGGUUAUUGAAGGGGUGGCGGGGUCAAUUGAGCUUUUAAAGUUUUAAGUCAAAUUUAUUACGUUCAUAAUAGCCUCUCUUCCUGACUUGAAACAAGUUCAAAAUAUGAAGUAUAAUUUCAGUGAAACACAAUUGUAUGUCCUGUAAAAUAUUCUACAGUUAACACAACCAAAGAGAAAACGAAAAAGGAGGCUGAGCCAUCCAGUACACCCUGGGGGAUUCAUCUUCAGGACCCCCCGGUUCUCUCAUGGGUUGAGUCUUACCUCCAGCCAGGCGUGUUUGAAUCAGGUGGUCGGGCUCCGCAGUGCCAUCUUUGGUGAAUCGAAUGCAAUCACUAGGCUUAGAUUCAGUUUCUCUGGGCAAAAGUGGUGUCGGUAGGACGGACACUCAUUACCUGCUGCCGGGAGGAAGUGGCUUGUGACGUGCCGGGAUUUGGGACUGGGGGGGAUUCUGAUUUGAGGAGCCUUUUUCUGGCAGCUUGCUCAUGUGGCUGUUUCCCCGUCUGGAUUCUGGGCUGUAGCUGUGGCUGAGUGGGAACCACUGGUAACAUUCUUGCCAAACUGGUCUGAAACCGUUUCAAUGUUUGUUUCUUGCCAGGAGGUCUGGAGGAAGGAGCGUCUUUGUAGGCAAACUUAACAGGGCUACUUUCUGGCUUUAACUGCAAUAGAAUUUUGAGCACUUGACAGGUUUUAGUGUCCCUGGAUUAUUGGUUGUGCAGUGACUUUCCAUUUGGAGAGAUGAGCUUUGGGGUCUCUUGAUCCAAAGGCUGGGACAUCAUUUUGUCGGUUGUUGAUGUAUCUGGUUUUCUGUCCUAUUUUGUUGAUUUUCUAAUCCCUUCAAAAAUGCAGGUGUUUCUAAAAGUUUACAGUGAGGAAUCUGGAUGAUUUCGUUGAAGCACAAAAUCACAGCUAUUUCCUCUGCGGCUCUACGUAUUCUUCCUUUGAUGAAGCAGUUUAGGAACAGAACUUUCCCUGGCCCAGGAGCUCCAGCAUUUGAGCCUGGCCUUGGAGUGAAGAGGGGCACAGUGGCAGCUGGCUGCCUAGGUCUGAUCAAAUGCGAAUCCACGUUUGGGGCUGACAUCACUUUUUCUUUAGCUUUCUCUACUCCUUGAUGAAGAUGGACUCAAUCGGUUGAAGAACUUUGUAGUUUGGUACUAAGACUUGUUGGAGAAGAGCUCUCCUUUUCAUGGGUUGCUGCUGAAUUCUGUGCAAGCAGCUUGUUUCUUGGUUGCAGGCCUAUCCUGUUUUGUGGCUAUGAUUUCAUUCACCUUUUGGUUCAAAAUGAAGAGAUGAAGAUGUUCUUCUAGAAGCUGGUAAAAAUUCACUUGAAGGACAUCUCAAACGUCAUGGGCUCUGAAUGUUGACAUUUCUAAAAAUCCUUUUGGUUUUCAAGAGCUUGACAGGUUUUCUAAUUUUUGGUUGUUUAUACACAUAUAAGUAAAGACCAGGAACAUUCAUUCAGAGCUUGACUUUGACUUCUGGGGUUUACUUUUUGAUGAUGAAAGGGUCGCAUGAAUCAGCAGGUAUGGUCUGCUGGUAUGGUCAAGGUAUGUAUGGUCUCCUGUGAAGAUUUCCUGUGACCACAUCAAAUGGCUAAGAUUUUCAACCUUUGGUGAUCAUAAAACAAGAGCUCUCCAUGUUCUGUCUCUUGAAUUGGAUUAGGUUAUUACAUUCCUAAUCCAUUUUGGUUGGAGUUCUGUUUUGUUUUGUUUGUUUGUUUUGCAGUACAUGGGCCUCUCACUGUUGCGGCCUCUCCCGUUGCGGAGCACAGGCUCCGGACGCGCAGGCUCAGCAGCCAUGGCUCACGGGCCCAGCUGCUCCGCGGCACGUGGGAUCUUCCCGGACCGGGGCACGAACCCGUGUCCCUUGCAUUGGCAGGUGGACUCUCAACCACUGCGCCACCAGGGAAGCCCUUGGUUGGAGUUUUUAACUUCCAUAUCCUUUGGGUUUGUGUUACCUUGGACAUCAGGGCUUUUAUUAGUGCUCCAGGGGAAAUUAUAGUGUUGUGUCUGAAAUCAUUUAAGCUAGUUUCCGAAGGAAAAGGUAUCUUUCUUGGGUCUGUGUUCUCCAGAGAUCUUAGUCACGGUUGGUGGUGCUGUGGGAACCUCUGGGCUUGAACUUAGAGAAUGAAGACUUGAACUCGCGGAAUUUUUGCUUUUUGGCUUUCCUUCAUUUUCUGUGUCACUCCACAUCCUGCUUUGACUGCUGGCAGCCCGCGGUCGUGAGGAGGUGGCCCUCGUACCGCCUGGAGUAGCCACACACCCACAAAAUCCUUUCUCUCUCCUUUUUUCCCAGAAUGGCAAGGGCAUCAUCUGUGUGUGAGCACAGCUAUUUCUAGCUCUCUGAGAGCUUUCUGCCCCUCUUAUCAACGCACCUUAAUAAUUUGAAGGCCGAGCAACUUAAUCAUCUCGGGGUGAAAUUUUAACCUUUACACAUUUUCUGCAUAGCUGCCUUGGAGUCCUAAGCUUGUCAGUGAAAAAGUGGUGGGUCCUUGGGGUCCCAGUGCAGCAGCUGGAGAGGCGGGCAGGCAGAGGAUGGGCUGUUUAAAGUACGCAUGGGGGUUGCCCUUGAGGGUAGCAUCUGCGCUACAGCCGUGGGCGUGAGUGGCUGCAUAGGGGAGCAUCAGAGGUUUAGGUCAAGGAACUGAGGCCAGGGUUUUGGAAGGACCAUCUGUGUUAGGACAGGGCCUAGUUUUAGAGUGUCAGUGAGUGACAUGCCUGAAUCUUCAGUGGGCUGGGAGAGAGGUGACACGGACGCCUCUGUAAUGUAGUGGGGAGGUGAGUGGUGUCGGACGACGUCAGUGCCCUCCGGAGAGCCAGAGUUUAAAUGGGGCAAGGAGAGGGGAACCCUCAGAGAAGACGUUGAGGAUACGAGGCUUCUUGCUGGUGUCUGACCCCACGUGGGUUCCAGACGGCACUGGGGGGAGUGUUUCAGGAUGGAGAAGAGUAGGAAAAGCCCCGUUGUGGGGUUGGAUGCUUCUGGGUCUGAGGACCUGACCCCGUUAAGUAGGCAGAUGCCACAAGCACGUGGAGAUAAAGAGUAGUGCCUGCCUCGUGGAGUUACUGUGAAGGACACAGGAGAGCUACGGGGAGCUUGGCAAGGGCUGGAUCAGGCUGGUGAACCUGGACUCCGUCAUUCAAGAUGGAACAGUCCAACCCCUUGGUGUUCCUGCAGUGAUGUGAAAAGAGGUUCACAGAACCUAGAAAGUAUCUUGCCUCCCCCCAGAAACGUUGAACCUCAACCCAUGUGGCCGCCAGCUGUAAUCAGCAGUUUACAAAGUAUACAGCUCACAGGAACAGGAUAAAUGAUGCUGGGAGGAUAUAGUCAACCGAAUUUAGAAUAAGGGGGAAAAAAAGAAGAGGGAGAGCUAUGAUAAAGAGGUCUCAGAGACAUACUUCCCAAUGCUGUGGAUUUCACUUGGACCCUGAUUAGAUCAAACCCACUGUAAAAAGAUGGACUGUUUGGGGCUUUCUUUUUAGACAAAUAGGGAAAACUAAAAAUGGAGGAGGUGUUAGAUGGUAGUAAGGGAUUGUUCAUUUUACUGGAUGUGAUAGCGGUGUUGUAUUUAAAAGUGGUUCUCUCAGAGUAUGGACUGAAGCCUUUAUGGGUGAGAUGGGUAGAAAGCCUGCGACUGUUUCAAAAUUCUCCAUCCUUGACCGACUCCUAAAGGAAAGUGGUGGAUGAAGCAGAACUAGCAGGAGGUGAGUAGUUGCUAAAGCAGAGGAAUGGCUGUGUAGGGAUUUAUUAUACUGCUCUCUCUGUAACAAUUUCUGUAAGAAAAAAAGGUGUUUUUUUUUUUUUUACUGAGUCAAAGUAAAUAUAUUAAGUACUUAAAACAGGGCUUGUCAGAUAGUAGUUCUGUAUUACACAAGUAUCUAUAUUUUUAUUUUACUCGUUAUUCUUUUAAACUUUUUUUUUUUUCUUUUUUUUUUUUGCGGUACGCGGGCCUCUCACUCCUGCGGCCUCUCCCGUUGCGGGGCACAGGCUCCGGACGCGCAGGCUCAGCGGCCAUGGCUCACGGGCCCAGCCGCUCCGCGGCACGUGGGAUCCUCCCGGACCGGGGCACGAACCCGCGCCCCCAGCAUCGGCAGGCGGACUCUCAACCACUGCGCCACCAGGGAAGCCCAUUAUUCUUAAGUAACUUUUUUUGCCCAGGCAUCAAGGUUUAAUCAUCUGGGCCAAAGAAGUAGGUCUAGGUAGAACUGUGAUGGCUUCUGGUACUGGCCCAGCUCGGCAAUGUCACUUGAAAUGUCACUUGAAUGUGAAGGCAGUUUGAGAACUUGUAUAUUGAACAAAUGCUGACAGAAGUUUUAGUGCUGCCAAGCCUGACCCCUUGUUUUAACAUAUGUCACCUUCUCAGUGACCUGUCCUAACCACUCUGUCUGGAUUUGCAGUCUGCCCCCUUAACUAAGGCCCCUACACACCUUAUUACCUUUGCUUUGCAUAGUUUUUCUAAAGCUCCUCUAACUAACUUACAGGUAGACCUCGUUUUAUUGCGCUUCACAGGUAAUUGCGGUUUUUACAAAUUGAAGGUCUGUGGCAACCCUCUGUUGAUCACGUCUGUCUGGGCCAUUUUUCCAACAGCAUUUGCUCACUUUGUGACUCUGUGUUACAUACUUUGAUAGUUCUCAAAAUCUUUGAAACCCUCCACCAGCAAAAAGAUUACAUCUCUCUGACAACUCAGAUGAUGGUUAACUUCUUUUAGCAAUAAAGGAUUGUUUAAUCACUUUUUUUAGCCACAAUGCUAUUGCACACUUAUAGACUACAGUCUAGUGUAAACAUCACUUUUUUAUGCACUGGGAAACCAAAAAAUCCGUGUGACUUGCUUUAUUGCGCUACUCGCUUUAUUUGGUGGUCUGUAGCCAAGCCCACGGUAUGUCCCAGCUCUGCCUGUACUUACAUGCUGAGUUUUCUCAUACGUAUUGUGUGUCUUCCCUCACCUCCCAACCUCUUCCUAGAAUGUAAGCUCCACAGGGGCAGGGAUUUUUAUCUUUGUUCAGUCUUGUAUCCCAACACCUAGAAUUGUGUCUAAAAUACCGUAAAUGCUCAAUAAAUAUUUAAGGGAAUAAUACGUUGUGUUUCUUAAAGG